GUCAUUUAAAUUGGCAUGAUUGGUCAGGUCUCCCGUGCAUCCCACCGCCUAAGCUUCGCCAUGGCUUCGUGGUGGCUCAUCCUGUUCUUUUCUCAAGCAGUCCUCCAACACUCCUCUGUAGACGGCACGUUCGACAUUGGUCUCAGGUGGCUGCGUGGCGACAGCUCGCUCUUCUCCAGCCUCGUCAAUACGACUGCGGCCGCAGUGACGACCGAAACCACCGAUCCUCAGACAACGCCUGUCGUCGUCGCCAGCACCGCCGGGGAUGCUUUGCACGAGAGCCGUACCGCAGUCUUUAGAGACGACGUGGUCAUGGCUACUACUACCACUGAUGCUACCAUGGUGGCCACUGGACAGAUCACCGCGACCACAAACCCUACCGAAACCAACGCGACGACCGCAGGAACUGCCCAGGCUAUGAUCCUGGUGCCGGACGCGACACCCGUGUCGCUGGACGAUCUCGCGCUGCAGGUCGACAGAGUGCCGGAUCCGGUGCUGCAUCUAGUAGUUAAGGAGGAUGGGUCGCACUCUUUUGUGGUCGUCAGCGGACGCCGAGGGCCAACGACCGUGCCUACCGCUACCACUACGUUGCCUACCACUGCUGCGGAAGCCAACAAUACGCCGAACACCACUACCUCUAGCGCGGAAGAUGCCUUUACAUCGCCUUUUACAACAAUCGCUGUUCCCACGACCUUGGCCGCUCCCAACACGACUUCUCCCUACUUGAUAUUGCUGCACUACCUCCGGCCGUUCAUCUACGGGCGCCUGGAUGCCGCUUCGACAGCCAGCAGCAGUGAGGCGACCACAGUCGUCCCUGGCGCGCCUUCAACGCCAGUCUUUUCCACUGGCUCUCCUUGGCUCGAGGGUGUGUCUGUUUCCAAGCCCGUCACUACAGAAGCUGCGGAUCCUGGUCUGUCGGCUUCACUCGUCCCCACCGCAGCUGCCGCAAGAAACGUGGCACCUGCUGACACCUUCACCACCGAGACUAUCGCCGUAACGCCCACAUUAGGCAACGCCGCCCCUGCUGCUGUUGUCAUCGACUCUCAUCUCGCCUCUUAUCCGGCUGAGUUCAGGGCAACCGAGCUUCCGUACUACUCGACUACUCAAGAUGUUCUCGGCUACGCCAACUCCUCCUUCGACCAAACUAUCUCCCCCAUUGGCGAACCAUCCACCCGCGCAACAGUUUUCGACACCACGAUCGCCACCACUCCUGUUCUCGGCACGACCGAAACGCUUCCGCGUUCCUCCGACUCCACGACCGUUGCUAACGCGGUCCGCACCGUGUCUGUCACGCAUGACGCUGUCACGACCGAUGUCCCCCGUACAGAGGCCCCUGAGGCUCCGACGCCACGUUUUGUCUCCUUGUCCGUCGCUGCCGAGCCUACGGCGAUCCACACGACUCCCGUGCCGACUCACGCUUUUACCAGCGACGUCCCUGCUGCACUAGCUGGCGCCUCUCCCACUACCGAGGGUCGCACGUCCACGUAUGGUCAUGCCAGCCCACCCGUCGAACUGGAUUCGCUGACGUCUCGGCGUAUCGCCGAGACAACUUCAGUGACCCCACCGAUAAUCGGCUACCUGCGCCAAGUCACCUUCGCGCCCUGGCCUACAACGGCCCCCAACAAGACCUACGGUGGGGACGGCGAGCCGAAGUACCGCUACUUCUACGACCCUGCGCAAGUCAUGCAGGUCCUGUAGGCAACCUGCCCACGCUUUUGAACCCGUGGCGGCAUUUUUAAUCCCUAUUACUGUAUCCCUAUUCACCGCCUCAAGAGCACCGCCACGCUCCAUUACCCACCAUUGCAUGACGGCGUUCACAACACGCAAUAAAACAUGUACACCAGCACCUUGUGCUUCUC